AUGGCAAAAGACAAACAGCAAGUAGCGGAUGCAGAAAAUGUAGAAAAUGCAUCCGAGAGAAAUCAGAGAAAUCAGAGAAAUCAGAGAAAUCAAAGAAAUCAAAGAAAGGAGGGAAAUCAGAGAAAUGAGGAAAAUCAAAGAGAUGAAGGAGAUGAAGGAAAUCAAAUAAAUGAAGGAAAUGAGGGAAAUCAGAGGGAGAGUGAAGGGAAGUUCUCUGAGAAGGGCACUAAUAGUGUAGCAACCGCGGGAACAAAAAGUAUCGCGGGGGCAAAAAGUGUCACGGGGCCACACAUAGCAAGACCAAGGAGUGUGCCGCGCGAGAGAUUCUCCGCACGGGGCAGGGUGAGCUCGAGCGACGCGGAGGAGGACGAAAAAUACAGCAAGGAGUACCAGCAGCAGGAGAGGCGGUAUCUCACGGGGCUCAGCCAGUACCGGGACCGGCAGCGGCACGAGGACGAAUCCGAGUACUACGGCGGGUUCGAGUACGGGCGGGAGGAAGAAAGCAGCGGGGAAAGUGAGGAGACAGAGGAGGCGGAGGAAAUGGACGAGAUGGACGAAGGGGAAACAACAGAUGCAGAGAGCGAGGAAGGCGAGGCUGUGCUGCGUGAGCACGUGGAAAGGAAUCGCGGAGUCACUGGCCGCGCAGCUGCGGGUGGUGCUGGCGCUGCGCGGCGCAAGCACGCAGCCGGGGUGCGCGCUCUCGGCCGAAAGGUCGGUAUCUCCGAGGAGGACUACUACCGUGCGCCGCGCAGUGAGUACACGAUGGACUCGGGCCCGCUCAUAGGUGCGGUCGAGCAGCUGGGUGAGAUGCAGUCGGGCGAGUCUGCGCUGGAGCGCAUGGAGUGGCAGGUGAUGCUGGAGGCGGUGCUGACCGGGGAUGUGGUUGCGGGAGAGAAGACGCGGCUUGUGCGCGGUAGCGCAAUGAGCUCAAAAGCGGUAACUGAGGCGUACCGUGAGGAGCUCUGGAAUGAGGUGCGCGCAUGCGCGUUUGGGCGCAGCGCAGACGAACAGCGCCGGCUGGUGCUUGAGCAGAGAAGCCGUGCAGACGAUGUGCUGCGCGAGGUGAUGGAGUUCCAUUUGGUGCUGCCGGAAGACCUACGGCGCGCACCGUACCAGCGCCGGCUUGCGCAUGCGGUACAGGCGGUUGAUGCGGUACUAGAGCGCCUCGAGCGCUGUGAGCGGCUGUGGCCGACGUUGAAGGCGAUGCGCCGCGACAGACCGGCCUGCGCGCAGCGCAAAUUUGUGGCGCAGGUGGAUGCGCUCGUUGCGUGGAGCUCCGCGUCGCAGGAGAUCGCGCGCCAAUCAGAUACCUUGCGCAGGUGGAUUGGCGGCAGUGAGGCGGCGCUAGUGGAGCGCCUUCUGAGUGAAAAGGAUAUCCGGGAGGUGUUUAACGGGCAGCUGUUCAAGUCAUUGGAGCUUUGGACUUUCAAAGGCAAAAAAUGCUACCGAUGUUAUCAUGAGGACUUUGAGCGCCUGGGUCUUCCAUCAUUUUUGGGCAGUUUGUUUGUUCUUGCGCGGUUUCCAAUGCGGCUUCUCGAGCAGCUCAUGCGCGCGCGCCUGGCGUACGCAUCCCGGCUGCGCAGUCCGACGGCACUGACCGUUGAGGAGUUGAUGGCGGACCUGCGCUCAUACAUUGCGCUGGCGGUGGACAUCCGUGUGGCGUAUCUUCAGUGUUGUGCACCGCAGGGCGGCUGGGUUGCGCUCAGCGCACAGGACUGCCAGAGUGCAUCUUUCGAUCAGUCGACGCUGGAAUGUGUGUGCACGUACAUGCGGCUGGUAGGGCUGAAGAUGCUGGGGACGCCGAAGCGGCAGAAUGCGCAGGGGGUGUUGGGAGUUUUAGGUACACAAGGUGCGCGAGGUGCGCAGGCGCAGGAAGCGCAAGGAUUGCCUGCGGCGCAGGCUGCGCUGCCGCGCUCGAUCCUAACCCUCCGCAGCGCCGUCGAAGACCUCGAGCGCGAGUGGCGCCUCUUGCAGAACGUGGGUCUCUACGUGCCACGCUGCUCAAAAGAGAUCGCGUUGCAGGUGACGCGCAUAGCGUCGCGCCUUGCGCAAAGUCUCGGGUCGUACAUCCAGAAGCAGAUUGCGGGUCCGCCGAUCGAAAGCGCAGGCAGCGCAGAUGCGCGGGCGCAAAUGAUGAACCACUGGUACACGAGCACAAUGGAAAAUUACAGCCAGAUCCGGCGCCGGUUGAGCCGGUUGGCGAACGUGCUUGCGGACCACUUCGAGAAUACGCUUUUGUUCACUGUGCCUGCGGCAAGGCGUGCGCAGUUCUACGAGCGGCUCCGCGCCGGUGGCCAUACGCUCUACUACAGCGGUGCGCUGGCGCGCGGCGGCUGCUACGUGUUCGUGCCGCCUGGUCUCUGCGGGCGCCCGGACGAGGUGGCGCGCAUUCUCGGCGCUACGGAGCUCGGUACGGACUUCUCGCGCGUCCCGCCGGCGCAUCUUGCGGCCUUGCAUGAGUUCAAGUGGUGGACUGCGCAGGAUCCGGAGGAAAAGAAAAAUUCUGAGGGGAGAGGAAAUCGAAAUGGAGAUGAGGAAAUCGGGGAAGGUAAAAAUGGAAUUGAGGGAAAGGAAGAAGGUGAAAAUUAUGGAGAUGAGAGAAAAGGUAAUGGUAAUUAUGGAAAUACUUAUGGAAAUGAUGAUGGAGAACAUUAUGAAGAGAAUUAUGGAAAUGUGAAGAAAGCAAACGAUAAUUAUGCAAAUAAUGAAGGAGCAAAUGGUUCUAAUUACAGUUUAAAGAAAAGAGCUGGGAAAGACAAAUUGGAUGAUGGUGUUAAAGAAAAAUCAUCUUCUAAUAUUCACCGUCUUGAAAAGGGAUCAUCAGCGAAUAUUCACAGUAAUAUAGAAAAAGGAUCAUCUGUUGAUAAUCGCAUCGAAAAAAAGGGCACCGAAAAUAAUUAUGAGGGGGCAAAAAUCAAGAGUGAAGAGGCCUCUGAGGGAAAAAGAGGCGACAAAAAAGAACAGCGAUCCGACCGAAAAAAAGAAAUCGAGAAAAAAGAAAGAUGCCGUAGCAACAGCCCCAAAAGCCCAAUUCAGCUUCGGCCAACCAGGAGGGCAACCCGAGGGCAGUCGCAGGGCACUCCUGCCGAAGUGUACCAGGAGAAUACGUACAACGAGAAUACGUACAACGAGAAUACGUACAACGAGAAUACGUACAACGAGAAUACGUACAACGAAAAUACGUACAACAAUCAUCCCUACCACGAACAUGCGGACAACGACCACCCUGCAUACCCCCCUGCGGUGGAGAACGAGUUCGUCCCCCCAUCCGCCCGCAGGUCCCCUGAGUACGUGCUUGUGGUGGUGCCCCCCGAGACCGUGUCGUGGCACGGUCCCACGGUGGGAUUCGAGCCACCAGAAGUUGCCGUGGACCCGCCGUCGGCCGGCCGGGUGAUGCUCGUGGUUCGUGGAGGUGGCCCCGAGGGGUCGCGGCAGGUGUCGCGGGCCGCUGGGUACUUCCGGCGCUGCGUUGGCGACAGCGUGGGGCGCGGUGCGCGGCGCACGUCGAGCGUCGGCGCUGUCGAGCACUCGUUGCGCGCACUGCGCAAGCAUUUUUUCAGCAUCACCUGCGCGACGAUCGACUCGGUGCCGACGCUCCGGCGCAAGUGCCGCGCGGUGGGCUCCUGCGAGGAGUUGGCCAACAACUGUUUUUCGUACGUGAAGGAUCAGGCGCGCGACUCGAUGCGCACAAUGGGCCCUGCGCGCCGCGCCAACGUUGUGCGCAAGCUCAUGCGCAUGGCGCUAGAGUGGUUAAGCUUUGUUAUCGACGACUGUCAGGCAAGCGACCCGCGCACCUUUCGCUGGUGCGUGUCUGCGCUAGAGUUCUCGAUGGCGGUUACCGCCGGGUUCAACAUCAUGGCGCUGCGCAAUGCGGAUUUCGCGGCGCUUAAGCAGAAGGUUGCGGGUUGCAUGUCGCUGCUGAUUUCGCACUUUGACAUUAUGGGGGCGCGGGCACGGCAGCGGCGGCAGCGCGAGGAGCGCAUGGAAGGGCGCGCGGGUAGUGCAAGACGCAUCGAGGAUGGGCCUGCGCGGCGCACGGAGAGUGCGCUCAGCGAGCGCUACGCAGAGUACCUGCGGCGGGACGCGGGCGCGGUGCUCCGGCUGCGCGAAGACCGCAUGGACCUCGUGGCGCAGAUCGAGGCGCAGCGCAGCGCCAUCCUGCGCGAGCAGCAGGCCGUCGGCCGCGUCCUCGACGGCCGCGACACAGAGAAUCGCCUGUUGGCCGGCCUGGCCUCCUCGUUCUCCUCUGUGUCCAUCCGCUGGCGCAAGGGCAAGUACUUGGGCGGCGGCACCUGCGGCUCCGUCUACGCGUCCACCAACCUGGACACCGGCGGCCCGAUGUCCGUCAAGGAGAUCCGUCUCCGCCGCGGUGGGCACGGCGGCCAGUCCAUCGAGGCAACGGUGCACGCGAUCCGCCAGGAGAUGACGGUCCUGCAGUUGCUCUCGCACCCGAACAUCGUGCAAUUUUUCGGCGUGGAGGUCCACCGCGACCGCGUGUUUAUUUUCAUGGAGUACUGCAGCGGGGGUUCGCUCGCGCAGCUGCUCGAGUACGGCCGCAUCGAGGAUGAGGCGAUCGUCCAAAUUUAUGCCUUGCAACUUUUGGAGGGCCUCGCGUACAUGCACCACUUGGGGGUUGUGCACCGCGACAUAAAGCCAGAAAAUAUCCUUUUGGACCACACGGGUGUUAUUAAAAUUAUAGAUUUUGGCUCGGCCCGAAUAAUCCACAGGGGCAAAUUGAGAAGGGGCGAAAAAUAUAGGGGGGAGAUGAAAAAUAGGAUGGAUGAUGAUAUUAUGAAAAAUAGGAUGGAUGAUGAUAUUAUGGAAAAUAGGAUGGAAAAUAGGAUGGAAAAUAGGAUGGAUGAUGUUAUUGUGAAAAACAGCACUGAUAAUAAAGGGAUGAUUCAAAGCAUUAUUAAAAAUACAAAGGGCAGCGAUGAAGGCAUUUCGCAGAAAGGCGAGGGCAUCACGGGAAACCCCAAAAAAAGCCUCACCAUCUCGAAAAACGCUUCCACCAUCAAUUUCUCAAAUGUCCCAUCACCCGCGAAUUUCAGCAAGAAUGCAAAUGCAGAUGCAUAUUCAAAUUCAUAUCCAAAUCCAAAUUCAAAUCCAAACCCAAACUCUCCCACAAACCCCGCUGUACUCGCCACAGCCCCGUUGGAGGGCACCCCCAUGUACAUGUCGCCAGAGGCAAUCAAGGGCGGACCCCAGGGCAGGCUGGGUGCCAUCGACAUAUGGGCCCUGGGCUGCUGUGUGCUAGAGAUGAUCACCGGCAGGCGGCCGUGGGCAAACUUGGAUAACGAGUUCGCCGUCAUGUACCACAUCGCCGCGGGCCAUGCUCCGGCAAUCCCGUCCGAAGAGGAAAUCGGACCCCAGGCCCGCCAUUUCCUUACACAGUGCUUUGACACGGACCCCGCCCGGCGGAAGUCCGCCGUGGAAUUGUUGCAAGAUCCCUGGAUCCGCGAGAUACGCCGGGAGGCGUUUGGGGAUGACGCAUGA